AACCAUAUUUAUACAGUUCCUUCUGAUUGGCAUCGUGCUGGGAGUGACCAUGAUUAAUAUAAUGUACUUUUAGGAUAUAAUGCAUAGCAUUUCCUCUAUUGUUUAUCUUGCUGGCAUCUUGGUGGAAUCGUUCCCCUUUUGCUACCUAUGCGAUUUGCUAGUCGAAGACUGCGAUGACUUGUGCAACUUAUUGGGUCAGUCGAACUGGAUCGAUGCUGAGCCCAGAUACAAGUCAACCCUGCGGAUAUUUAUGCACAAUUUGCAACAGCCGAUUAUCUUCGUCGCUGGGGGCAUCUUUCUGAUCUCAAUGAGUACUAACAUUAAGAUGGCGAAAUUUGCAUUCAGUGUAAUGACUGUAGUGCAGCAGAUGAAUUUAGCUGAACGCCUUAAAUAA